AUGAGACUGAUUCUUUUGCUCCUCAUCCUCACUGUGUCAACCCAAGCAGGGCUGCUGGAUGCAGGCAAAGUAAAGGAAUUCUUCAAGGGGAAAGUUCCUUCUAUCUUCGAAAAAGUCAAGGAAAAGAACCAUGACGAAGUUCAAAAAGAUGAGCUACCAUUGAAGCUCUUCGAAAAAACUGGCAUCCUUACACUUGGAAAGAAGCUGACCGAGGUGAGAAGCAAAGUCAUGAAGAAGCUCGAACUCUCAAAGGUUAAGACGGCAGAGAUCCAGGAAAAGCUCAAGGAAGUCGAAGCGAGAAGAGAUGAUUCUAUUGAUAAUGAGGAAGACACGAUAUUCGCGAUUAAUGAGGGCCAAGAACGUAGGCAGGGAGCUCUUCCAGAGCGAUAUCCUCUUGACCAAGUGGGUUACACACUUAUUUUUCGUAAAUAA